UAAAUUGAAACGUAAGAUACCGAUUCCACGGAAAAAGUUGGUUGUCAAAUUCGUGCAAAAUAAAAUAUAUAAAACAAAUAUAAUCUAUUAAUUUUUAGUUAUUUCACGUAAAAAUCGUGUAAAUAUCUAUAAUUAUUAAUUCUUGUUAUAGAAUAUAGGGCUAAUAACUCUAAAAUAAUGUUUAGAAAUGUAUUGUUCACAACACGCAAAAAUUUUCAGAUAGUAUCUGUUAGAUAUAAACAGAAGAAAUUCCAAAAAGUCGAUAAAAAAUUACAAGCGGCUGCAGAAUCUUUGGCUUCGAGAGGGUUUCUUCGUCCCAACAAACCAUGGAACCCACCAGAAGAAAUAGAUAAAACUAUACUGAAAAUAUGUGCUGAUAAUGGUCUUAAAGAAGACUCUGAGUUUCAUUCACUUGAUGUGAAGUACACUGUUUUGAAGGCAUGUUUUGAUGAGACUGGACACGGCAUACCAAACUCAAUGUUACACACUAUUGAAACUGUUGACGAUUUGAUGGAGUUUUACGAGACACCAGUCGAUACCUUAACUCCGUUUGAUAGCUUGAAGAAAAUGGAUUUACCAAAGAAUUUGCAUGUACAAGAAGAUUAUGUUCGGUUCCAUCCAGACAAAGAUCCUCUGUUCAACGGAAAGACAGUGUUCCCAAAGAGUUCCACCAUUGUCUCAGGUUUGAAGACACGCAAGAAGUUUGAAGGCUAUACUGCCAAAACAUCUUGGCCAUAAUCAAAUAAAUAAAUUUAUUAAUUUGUAGUGUUAUUGUAAAAAUAAAGAUGUUAUGUAUAGAUAUUUAA